GGGCAGGAGAGAGAAAACACAGCAGUUUUCUUUUCCUUUUUUUUUUUUUUAAGAGUUUGAAUUUCAGAGGGAAACACAAGACAGAGAGCGGCUGGAGAGUGAGACAGAGUGAGAGAGAGAGAGAGACACACACACACUCACACACUGAGGGGUGUGUCUAGCAAUUUAGUUCCUCAAGGAAGUAGAACUCAACACUAUCUUAAGAUAGGGUGGCAGCAGUGACAGAAGCGCUGCAGGAGGGCUGCUUUUUGGGGGGUUUUGGAUCUGCUCUGGUGAAGAUGAAGGGAUCUCAUUAAAUCAACCAGCCUGUGCUGUCAACCUGAGGCACAGCGGAGGGAGAGAGAGAGAGAGAGAGAUCUGACACAGACCAGGAGGGAGGGGGACUCAGAACACACACUCAGGCAACCAUGGAAUUCAGCUCAAAGGACAUGGCCUUGAGGGCACAGAAGAAGAUCCUCAGCAAGAUGGCCACCAAGGCCUCGGUCCAAAUGUUCAUUGACGACACCACCAGCGAGAUCCUGGAUGAACUGUACCACGUCUCCAGAGACUUCUCAGGCAAUAAAUCAGAGGCCCAGAAGGUGAUCAAAGACCUGAUCAAGAUCGCCGUGAAGAUUGGCCUGCUGUUCAGGAACAACCGUUUUAGCACAGAAGAGCUGGGAGUGGCCACAGAUUUCAAGAAGAAGCUGCACAUGGGGGCGAUGACGGCUAUCAGCUUCUACGAGGUGGACUUCACCUUCGACAAGGAAGUGAUGGAGGAGAUCCUGAAUAGCAGCAGGGAUCUGCUGCUGAAGCUGGUCAACACCCACCUCACCCCUAAGUCCCAUGGUCGCAUCAACCACGUCUUCAACCAUUACUCCAACCCGGACCUCCUUGCCAAACUAUACAACCCCAGUGGCCCCUUCAGACCCAACCUAACCAAGAUCUGCAAAGGACUCAACAAACUGGUCGAGGAUGGGACAAUAUGACAUAGAAACAAUGAAAUGCAAGUCAGACACUGGGAGAGCUACAGUCAGACUCACUUGAGACUCAUAACUGGUGGACAAAAUUGGUCUUACUGCUGCUGAGGACUGGCAACGUAAGACAAGUGAUUUGAGAACAAAACUGCUGCCCCGUCGUUCUCAAAGAGUAUGUGGGAUCAAAAAAAAAUAAGUUGGUUGAGUCAAAUGCUCAAGUUUUUACUGUUAAGAGGUGAUCAUAUAUAUAUGAUGUUAAUUGUGAUAUAUACUUGUCUAUUCAGACAAAGUUCACAGCAACCAAACUUGAAUAUAAACUGGUUUAUACUAUCAGCUGUUUAUUUUGAUUAUCAAAUUUAAGCCCAUGUUUAAUAUUUGACCUUGAAAUGUUUAAUUCAGAGCUACUGAUGUUAUGUAUUGUGAGGAGGAGGAGGAGGAGUUGAAACAGCUGGUCAGAUUGCAUCAUGAGAACAGACGGGGAACAAUGCCACUGUAAUAAAGCACUGCCAUCUGGUGGUCGAGAUGACGCCUCAGCAACUCAACGUGCUGUAUUUACUGAGAUGUCUGGAAGACAAUGCAGCCGAUAAUAAAGCCAAUGACCCCACAGUGGACAAUUACUUACACAACACUUUGUAGUCUCAGCUUCAAAACAUGUUUAGGAGCACGAACGGAAAAGAUUGACUCUUAAACGGUGUUGACUGCACAAGCUUGAAUGCUAAUCCUGUAAUUCAUGUUUUUCUAAAGAUUGGAUCACUGGUGUUAUUCUUUGGUUUUACAUGACAAAAGACACCGAACAUCAACAGACAAAGAAAAAAAAAUAAAGUCCUUGCUCGACACUCAUCUUAUACAGGAGUCAAACAUUGUAAUUUAGCUAAUAAUUUGCCAAUAUAUGCAGAAAAGUCUAUUGAUCUUUCAAAUUACAGAAAGAUGUUUAAAGAUUAAGUGCUAAUGAGAGUCAAGAGAUUCUGGAGGUGCUGUUAUGAGGAACAAGAGAGCUCAACCUUCUAGACAAUUGUAGACAAAUACAUAUAUUCAGACCUGAACCAGAUGACUGAACAGACUUUUUAUUAUUAUUGUUGUUUUAAAAUGAGCUACACAAAUCUUCUGAAAUAAAAAAUAUGCCCAUUACAAACAAUAAAAGAGUGCCGUCAAUGUA